CGCAGGGAGGCACGCCCCCUCCGAGUUGCCAGGAACCGGCAUGGCCGCGGCCUCCCGAGGCGGGGACGCGGGGUGAGCGAGGGGGCUGGGAGGGGACAGGCCGCGGGCGAGCCAGACGGGUCCCGGGGCCUCGAGGCUGUGACUGAGACGCAGAACCAGGGCCUUGUCAAUGUGGGGGAGUUGCUGUCCCCCUGGGGGUGAGCACGAUACUCUGGGCAUGCCUGCAGCACCCUGGGCCCAUGGACCUCAAGGAGAAGCACACGGGCGAGCCCCCCUCGGCCCUGGGCCUGUCCACCAGGAAGGCACUGGGCAUCCUGAAGCAGCAGCUGGAGGCGGUGCUGGACGGGCACCUGAAGGAGCGCAAGAAACGGCUCACAUGGAAGGAGAUGUGGAGGAACAGCUUCUUGCACCAGAGUAACCGCUGCUCAUGUUUCCAUUGGCCGGGCGCCUCGCUCAUGCUGCUGGCCGUUCUGCUACUGCUGGGCUGCUGUGGGGGCCAGCCGGCUGGCAGUCAAGGUGUGGAGCUGGUGAACGCCUGUGCUCUCUUCCUCCUGCUGAUCCUCAACCUCUUCCUCAUCGGGCGCCAAGACCGGCUCAAGCGCAGGGAGGUGGAGCGGCGGCUCCAGGGAAUUAUCGACCAGAUCCGAGAUGCCCUUGGGGACGGCAAGGAGGUCACAUGGCCCAGUGCCAUGUACCCUGAUCUGCACAUGCCCUUUGCGCCGUCCUGGUCCCUGCACUGGGCCUACAGGGACGGCCAUCUAGUCAACCUGCCCGUCAGCCUCCUGGUGGAGGGGGACAUCAUCGCUCUGAGACCUGGCCAGGAGUCCUUUGCCUCCCUCAGGGGCAUCAAGGACGAUGAGCACAUUGUCCUGGAGCCCGGUGACCUGUUCCCGCCCUUCUCGCCGCCACCUUCCCCCCGGGGGGAGGUAAAGAAGGGCCCCCAGAGCCCCCAGCAGCACCGACUCUUCCGAGUGCUCGAGACCCCUGUGAUCAACAACAUCCGGUGGUGUCUGGACACAGCCCUGUCACGCCCUGUCACGGCACUGGACAACGAACGUUUUACAGUGCAGUGGGUGAUGCUGCAUUACGCGGUCCCAGUAGUCCUGACCGGCUUCCUCCUCACCAAUGCUCUGCGCUUCAUGCUCGGGGCCCCGGGGGUCACCUCCUGGAAGUAUACACUCCUCCAGCUGCAGGUGAAUGGCGCAUUGCCCAUCCUCCCACUCCUCUUCCCAGUGCUCUGGGUCCUGACCACGGCCUGCGGGGAGGCCCGAGUCCUUGCGCAGAUGAGCAGGGCUUGCCCCAGCUCCCUGCUGGCCAAGUUCUCAGAGGACACUCUCAGCAGCUACACCGAAGCUGGCUCCACCCAGGAAAUGCUGCACUGCAUCUGGGGCCAUUUCCUGCGCGUGGUCCAGGGCACAUCGCCCACGCUCAGCCACAGCUCCAGCCUCCUACACAGCCUGGGCUCUGUCACGGUACUGUGUUGUGUGGACAAGCAGGGGGUCCUGUCCUGGCCCAACCCAAGCCCUGAGACGGUGCUGUUCUUCAGUGGAAAGGUGGAGCCCCCCCACAGCAGCCAUGAGGACCUCACUGAGGACCUGUCCAGCCGCUCCUUUUGCCACCCUGACAUCGCAGAGGAGCCCCACGAGCGAGAUGCCCUCCUGACAGGCCCACUGAACACCACCUUCGACCUCACCAACGAGCAGGAACAUGGGGACUGGCCCAGUGACGGGCCCAAGGCCCCCGAAACACACAGCCAACACAAAGCACAUGGCUGCAGUGCCAACGCUGGCUUCAGCAGGGACAGCGAGGGGGCUGAGGAGGGGCUCAGGAAGAGCUUGCCGGCGCUGGAGGGCCCAGCCUUGGAGGCAGAAGAUUUGGUGUGCGACUACCGGCUGGAGAUGCUGAGCCUGUCCCAGGACCAGCAGAACCCCUCGUGCAUUCAGUUCGACGACUCCAAUUGGCAGUUGCACCUCACCUCGCUCAAGCCGCUGGGCCUUAACGUGCUGCUGAACCUGUGCAGUGCGGGCGUCACUGAGCGCCUGUGCCGCUUCUCCGACCACCUGUGCAACAUCGCGCUGCAGGAGAGUCACCGUGCCGUGCGGCCCGUGCAAGUGCCCUGGGGCCUCUGCGAGCUGGCACGCCUCAUCGGCUUCACACCCGGCGCCAAGGAGCUCUUCAAACAUGAGAAUCACCUGGCGCUAUACCGGCUGCCCAGCGCCGAGUCAGUGAAGGAGACGUCGCUGGGUCGGUUGUCCUGUGCCACCAAGCGGCGGCCCCCUCUCAGCCACAUGAUCAGCCUCUUCAUCAAGGACACCACGACCAGCACUGAACAGAUGUUGUCCCAUGGGACGGCUGAUGUGGUCCUGGAGGCCUGCACAGACUUCUGGGACGGGGCUGACAUCUAUCCACUUUCUGGUUCUGACAGAAAGAAGGUGUUGGACUUCUACCAGCGAGCCUGCCUUUCCGGCUACUGCUCUGCCUUUGCGUAUAAGCCCAUGACCUGCACCUUGUCCUCGCAGCUCAAUGGCAAGUGCAUUGAGCUGGUGCAAGCGCCCGGCCAUGCCAGCAUCUUCACCACCUGUGAGCUGCCCAGCACCAUCCCCCUCAAACUGGGUGGACGCCGCAGCAGCUGGAGCUCUGACGAAGGGAUCGGGGAGGUGCUGGAGAAGGAAGACUGCAUGCAGGCCCUGAGUGGGCAGAUCUUCAUGGGCAUGGUGUCCUCCCAGUAUCAGGCUCGGCUGGACAUUGUUCGUCUCAUCGACGGGCUGGUCAAUGCCUGCAUCCGCUUCGUCUACUUCUCCCUGGAGGACGAGCUCAAAAGCAAGGUAUUUGCAGAAAAGAUGGGGCUGGAGACCGGCUGGAACUGUCACAUCUCCUUGACACCCAAUGGGGACCUGCCGGGUUCUGAGAUCCCACCCUCCAGCCCCAGCCAUGCCGGUUCCCUUCAUGAUGAUGUGAAUCAGGUGUCCCGAGAUGACAUGGAGGGACUCCUGCUCAUGGAGGAAGAGGGGCACUCAGACCUCAUUAGCUUCCAGCCCACGGACAGUGACCUCCCCAGCUUCCUGGAGGACUGUAACCGGGCCAAGCUGCCCCGGGGCAUCCACCAGGUGCGACCUCACCUACAGAGCAUCGACAAUGUGCCCCUGCUGGUGCCCCUUUUUACUGACUGCACCCCCGAAACCAUGUGUGAGAUGAUCAAGAUUAUGCAGGAGUACGGGGAGGUCACGUGCUGUCUGGGCAGCUCCGCCAACCUGCGGAACAGUUGCCUCUUCCUGCAGAGUGACCUCAGUAUUGCUCUGGACCCCCUGUACCCGUCCCGCUGUUCCUGGGAGACCUUUGGCUAUGCCGCCAGCACCAGCAUGGCCCAGGCCUCCGAGGGCCUCUCCCCGCUACGGCUCUCGGGCCAGCUCAACAGCCUGGGUUGUUCCCUGACCUUCCGCCAGGAAGAGACCAUCAGCAUCAUUCGGCUCAUCGAGCAGGCUCGCCACGCUACCUACGGCAUCCGCAAGUGCUUCCUCUUCCUGCUGCAGUGCCAGCUGAUGCUUGUGGUCAUCCAGUUCCUUGCCUGCCUGGUGCAACUACCUCCCAUCCUCAGCACAACCGACAUCCUGUGGCUGUCCUGUUUCUGCUUCCCACUGCUCAGCAUCUCCCUGCUGGGGAAGCCCCCGCACAGCUCCAUUAUGUCCAUGGCGACAGGGAAAAACCUUCACUCCAUCCCCAAGAAGACCCAGCACUACUUCCUGCUCUGCUUCCUGCUCAAGUUCAGCCUCCCGGUGGGCUCGUGCCUGGUCUGCUUUGGCUUCACACUGCAGAGCUUCUGCGACAGCGCCCGGGCCCGCCACCUCACCAACUGUUCCUCCAUCAUGCUGAGCAGCGAAGCGGACACGGCUCCGGCCUGGUUUAACGACUUUGCCAACGGGCUACUGUCGGCCCAGAAGCUGGCGGCGGCGCUGAUCGUCCUGCACACUGUCUUCAUCUCUAUCACCCACGUGCACCGCACCAAGCCCCUGUGGCGGAAGAGCCCCCUGACCAACCUGUGGUGGGCACUGACAGUGCCAGUGGUGCUGCUCGGGCAGCUGGCCCAGACAGCAGUGGAUCUGCAGCUGUGGACGCACAGGGCCAGCCCUGUGCACUUUGGCCCGGAGGAUGUGCCUUUGCUGACGUGGCUCCUGGGCUGCCUGUCCCUGGUGCUUGUGGUGGUCACCAACGAGAUUGUCAAACUGCAUGAGAUCCGGGUCCGGGUCCGCUACCAGAAGCGUCAGAAGCUGCAGUUUGAGACCAAGCUGGGCAUGAACUCUCCCUUCUGAGCUGCCCUACCCGCCCAGGGAGUUGGUAUCAUGAAUGUUUCAGGGCUCAGGGGUCCAUGUGCCUCAUGGGGACACUUUGGGUCUCCUCCCCUUCUGACUAGGGGCCUGGGCCCAUCAGAGUGCCCCAACUUUGCUUUUGUAACUGCGUAUCUAUGGGCUUCUGAGAACCUCAAGGGCCCAGUAUAUGAGCCUUUCCCAGCAGCAGCUGAGGCCAGCUUGUGCACUUGAGGCCAUGCCAGAGGUUAGGGUGCUGUUGGUGUCUCAUACCCUGUACCCUCUCUUCCUAGGGCCUGGACCCAGGGGGGGCUAAGCACAGCUCCCCCUCACGCUGAGACCGGAAGAUGAGCCCUCGUGGCCUCAGCCAGUACCACUCACGUUGGCCAUCAGAGUGGGUCUUGGGGACCUGGCCCAAGUGGGGUCUUCCACCUCCCCUCCCCGUCCCCAGUUCUCUUGUGUGAAAGUUUUUACUCUGCGUAUUUUGUACUGGAAAUGAGCCUUUUGGAACGAAUGCAGACUGGUUUGUUUGUAUUAAAACUUGUAAAUUGCUGGAGAAAAAA